UUCCCCCCGGGCCUGCUGCCGGGCCUCCCCCUGCGGCCCCGCGGGAGCCCCGGGCACGGGGUCCUUGCCCUCCUCUCAGUCCCUCGCCCUCGGCAGCUCCGUGACGCAGCCGGUUUUGUUCGUUUGGAGACGAACAGCUAACAGUCGCCUUGAGCCUUCUUUCCAGGACUGGGAUGGGUCCGUGAUCGCAGAGGGAGCACCGCGGCCGGCCUGUCCAGAAGCCGCGUGGCCUCGAGCCGCUCCUCGGCCUCUCGGUUCGGUUUGGUGUGGGAACCUUGGGACGACCGGACAGCGAGGGGCUCUGACACCGCCCUCCGCAGCUACUGCCAGUUGCCUCCUGUCCUCCCGGAGAGGGAGGUGGCAGCACCCGCCUCUGAGCGUCUGGGCUUGGGGAAGGAGGUGCUGCAAAAUGGCCCCGGCAGCCACCGUGCUCCUCUGAGUGCUGGGGGCUGGGGCUCGCUCUCUGCCCCUCGUUUGGGUGGGCAGAGCUUCCGUGUGCCAUGCCAGUGGCUCUCGCCCCGUCCUGAGCGGGCGGAGGGUCCCUCCCGCCCGUGUUUCCUUGGCACUCGGGAGUGGAGUAGGAAGAGGCCCUGAUCCCUUUCAGCAGCCCGAGUGAGGCCGCCAGGCCAGGCUCCGGGGCAGGGUUGGGGGCAGCGCCUCGGGGGGCGCCCUGUUCCGAUGCAGCAGGUGCUUUCUCCUGCCCCUUCUACAGCAGCUGCUGCUGGCUCCUGACUUGGUCUACAGAUGUGCGUGGGCCUUUUGGAUUCCGUUUAGCAGGAGUGAGUGUUGUUGCCUCCCUUUUCUACAGGAAGACAGGCCAUAAGCCCUUAGUGGGCGAAUUGGAGUCUAAUAUUUAUUACUGUCUGGACUGAGGGUUAGAUCUGGCACUUUGAUAACUGGAGACCAGCCAGACAGGAUUGUGAAGACGGGACCGUCCAGCUUACUGGGGAUGCUGGGCCUGGACGCAAACACGCCUUGUUCUGCUGCUGAGCUCAUGGGCCCCAGGUUCCCUGGUUAAAACUGCAUGCCCACCACUGACCUGGCACCCAUCAACCCACUGAGUGAUCCUUGGCUGUGCCCUCCGGAGCAUGCGCACAGCAGGGCCUACCACCAUGCGACUGAGCUCCCUGUUGGCUCUUCUGCGACCAGCGCUGCCCCUCAUCCUGGGGCUGUCUCUGGGAUGCAGCCUGAGCCUCUUGCGGGUUUCCUGGAUCCAGGGUGAGGGAGAAGAUCCCUGUGUAGAGGCUGUGGGGGAACCAGGAGGCCUGCGGAAUCCUGAUUCAAGAAUUGGGCUUGACCAAAGUGAUGAAGAGUUCAAACCCCGGAUUGUCCCCUACUAUAGGGAUCCCAACAAGCCUUACAAGAAGGUGCUGAGGACUCGGUACAUCCAGACAGAGCUGGGCUCUCGGGAGCGGUUGCUGGUGGCUGUCCUGACUUCCCGGGCCACGCUGUCCACUUUGGCCGUGGCUGUGAACCGCACAGUGGCCCACCACUUCCCGCGGUUGCUCUACUUCACUGGGCAGCGGGGGGCCCGGGCUCCAGCAGGGAUGCAGGUGGUAUCUCAUGGGGACGAGCGACCGGCCUGGCUCAUGUCAGAGACCCUGCGCCAUCUCCACACACACUUUGGGGCCGACUACGACUGGUUCUUCAUCAUGCAGGAUGACACGUAUGUGCAGGCCCCCCGCCUGGCAGCCCUUGCUGGUCACCUCAGCAUCAACCAAGACCUGUAUUUGGGCCGGGCGGAGGAGUUCAUUGGCGCCGGCGAGCAGGCCCGGUACUGCCAUGGGGGCUUUGGCUACCUGUUGUCUCGGAGUCUCCUGCUUCGAUUGCGGCCACAUCUGGAUGGCUGCCGAGGGGACAUUCUCAGUGCCCGUCCUGACGAGUGGCUUGGCCGCUGCCUCAUCGACUCACUGGGUAUCGGCUGUGUCUCACAGCACCAGGGGCAGCAGUAUCGCUCAUUUGAACUGGCCAAAAAUAGAGACCCGGAGAAGGAGGGGAGCUCGGCUUUCCUGAGUGCCUUUGCCGUGCACCCUGUAUCGGAGGGGACCCUCAUGUACCGGCUCCACAAGCGCUUCAGCACCCUGGAGCUGGAGCAGACGUACAGCGAAAUAGAGCAACUGCAGGCUCAGAUCCGGAACCUGACCGUGCUGACCCCCGAGGGGGAGGCAGGGCUGAGCUGGCCUGUGGGGCUCCCGGCCCCGUUCACACCACGUUCUCGAUUUGAGGUGCUGGGCUGGGACUACUUCACAGAACAGCACACCUUCUCCUGUGCAGAUGGGGCGCCCAAGUGCCCACUGCAAGGGGCGAGCCGGGCGGACGUGGGCGAUGCUGUGGAGACGGCUCUGGAGCAGCUGAAUCGGCGCUAUCAGCCCCGGCUGCGAUUCCAGAAGCAGCGGUUGCUCAAUGGCUACCGGCGCUUUGACCCAGCGCGGGGCAUGGAGUACACCCUGGACCUACUGCUGGAAGCUGUGACGCAGCGUGGGCACCGGCGGGCUCUGGCCCGCAGGGUCAGCCUGCUUCGGCCGCUGAGUCGAGUGGAAAUCCUGCCUAUGCCCUAUGUCACAGAGGCCACCCGUGUGCAGCUGGUGCUGCCGCUCCUGGUGGCGGAAGCUGCUUUGGCCCCUGCUUUCCUCGAGGCCUUUGCGGCCAGCGUUCUGGAGCCACGAGAGCAUGUGUUGCUCACCCUCCUGCUGGUCUAUGGGCCACAGGAAGGUGGCCGAGGGGCCCUGGACCCGUUUCUCGGGGUGAAGGCUGCAGUGGCCGAGCUGGAGCGACGGUACCCUGGGACAAGGCUGGCCUGGCUCGCAGUGCGGGCGGAGGCCCCUUCCCAGGUACGGCUCAUGGACGUGGUGUCCAAGAAGCACCCGGUGGACACGCUUUUCUUCCUCACCACUGUGUGGACCCGGCCGGGACCAGAGGUGCUCAACCGCUGCCGCAUGAAUGCCAUCUCUGGCUGGCAGGCCUUCUUCCCCGUCCAUUUCCAGGAGUUCCACCCCGCCCUGGCACCACAGAAGUCUCCCCCGGGGGCUGGCCCUGACCCCCCAUCCCCUCCUGGUGCUGACCCUGCCCGGGGGGCUCCCGGAGGAGGCCGGUUUGACCGCCAGGCCUCCGCGGAGGGCUGCUUCUACAAUGCCGACUACCUGGCUGCCCGCGCGCGGCUGGCUGCUGAACUGGCAGGCCAGGAAGAGGAGGAAGCCCUGGAGGGGCUGGAGGUGAUGGAUGUGUUCCUCCGGUUCUCAGGGCUCCACCUCUUCCGAGCCGUGGAGCCAGGGCUGGUGCAGAAGUUCUCCCUGCGGGACUGCAGCCCUCGGCUCAGUGAGGAACUCUAUCACCGCUGCCGCCUGAGCAACCUGGAGGGGCUGGCUGGCCGGGCCCAGCUGGCCAUGGCCCUGUUCGAGCAAGAGCAGGGCAACAGCACCUAGCCUCGGCCUGCCAGGUGGUUCCCCUUUCUGCCUCAGCCCCAGGCGGGCAAGGCAAGAUGGAUGGAGAGCUUGUGGCUGUAUUUUUUUUUUAAAUAAGAAAAUGUGAUUAAAAGUGUCUUCUGCCAAA